ACGGGCCCCCGAGGAUGGUGAGGGCGAGCUGCUGCUGAGCUGCCUCCGCCGCGGCUGCUCCGGGGCUGCCAGGCGCGGGGGCCGCGGUCCCCUCCCCUGCCCGGCGUCGGGUGAACCUGCAGGCUGCUCGCCCACCGAGGACUUCUGAGAGGAAACCAGGAGGGCGGGAGAGACGAGAAGCCCGGGGGGAUUCCGGCCAUCCGCGGAGGCACAGUUCACUAUGAGCGUACUCACCUCCAGCACUGGGAGACGGCUGGAUUUCGUGCACCAUUCGGGGAUAUUGUACUUGCAAACCUUGCUUUGGAUUUUAUGUGCUACCGUGUGCGGAACUGAGCAGUAUUUCAAUGUGGAGGUUUGGUUACAGAAGUACGGCUACCUUCCACCGAGUGACCCGAGGAUGUCGGUGCUGCGCUCUGCGGAGACCAUGCAGUCCGCCUUAGCCGCCAUGCAGCAGUUCUACGGCAUCAACAUGACAGGAAAAGUGGAUCGAAACACAAUUGACUGGAUGAAGAAGCCUCGAUGCGGUGUGCCUGACCAGACAAGAGGGAGCUCCAAAUUUAAUAUUCGUCGAAAGCGGUACGCGUUAACAGGCCAGAAGUGGCAGCACAAGCACAUCACUUACAGUAUAAAGAACGUAACUCCAAAAGUGGGAGACCCUGAAACCCGCAAAGCUAUUCGCCGUGCCUUUGACGUGUGGCAGAAUGUCACUCCUCUGACAUUUGAGGAAGUUCCCUACAGUGAAUUAGAAAAUGGCAAACGUGAUGUGGAUAUAACCAUCAUUUUUGCAUCUGGCUUUCAUGGAGACAGUUCUCCUUUUGAUGGAGAGGGAGGGUUUUUGGCACACGCCUAUUUCCCUGGACCAGGAAUUGGGGGAGAUACUCAUUUUGACUCAGAUGAGCCAUGGACACUAGGAAAUCCUAAUCAUGAUGGAAAUGACUUAUUUCUCGUGGCGGUUCAUGAGCUGGGACACGCUCUGGGGCUGGAACAUUCCAACGACCCCACCGCCAUCAUGGCCCCUUUUUACCAGUACAUGGAGACCGACAACUUCAAGCUGCCCAGUGACGACCUGCAGGGCAUCCAGAAGAUAUAUGGUCCACCUGACAAGAUUCCUCCACCAACAAGACCUCUACCAACGGUGCCCCCACACCGCUCUGUUCCUCCCGCUGACCCAAGGAAAAACGACCGGCCCAAACCUCCGCGGCCUCCCACGGGCAGGCCUUCCUAUCCUGGAGCCAAACCCAACAUCUGCGACGGGAACUUUAACACUCUAGCUAUUCUUCGCCGUGAGAUGUUUGUUUUCAAGGACCAGUGGUUUUGGCGAGUCAGAAACAACAGGGUGAUGGAUGGAUACCCCAUGCAAAUUACUUACUUCUGGCGGGGCUUGCCUCCUAGCAUUGAUGCAGUUUAUGAAAACAGUGAUGGGAAUUUUGUCUUCUUUAAAGGUAACAAAUAUUGGGUGUUCAAGGACACGACUCUUCAACCUGGUUACCCUCAUGACUUGAUUACUCUUGGAAGCGGAAUUCCCCCUCAUGGUAUUGAUUCAGCCAUUUGGUGGGAGGACGUUGGGAAAACCUAUUUCUUCAAGGGGGACAGGUAUUGGAGAUAUAGUGAAGAAAUGAAGACCAUGGAUCCUGGCUAUCCCAAACCAAUCACAGUCUGGAAAGGUAUCCCUGAAUCUCCUCAGGGAGCCUUUGUUCACAAAGAAAAUGGCUUUACCUAUUUCUACAAAGGAAAGGAGUACUGGAAAUUCAACAACCAGAUACUCAAGGUAGAACCUGGAUACCCCAGAUCCAUCCUCAAGGAUUUUAUGGGCUGUGAUGGACCAGCAGACAGAGAGAAGGAAGGACACAGCCCGCCAGAUGAUGUAGACAUUGUCAUCAAACUGGACAACACAGCCAGCACUGUGAAAGCCAUAGCUAUCGUCAUCCCCUGCAUCUUGGCCUUAUGCCUCCUUGUCUUGGUUUACACUGUGUUCCAGUUCAAGAGGAAAGGAACGCCCCGCCACAUACUGUACUGUAAACGCUCUAUGCAAGAGUGGGUGUGAGGGAGGGUUUUUUCCCUUUCUUUCUUUUCUAGGAGUUUGUGGUAACUUGAGAUUCAAGACAAGAGCUGUUAUGCGGUUUCCUAGCUAGGAGCAGGCUUGUGGCAGCCUGGUUCGGGCUGACCUUUCAAACCCAGAGGGUUGCUGGCCCCACGUGUGAGUGGAAAUCACUCAUGGGGAAGCUUCCGUGAUGGACAGUAUCUGCUGGUCUUCAGUCCUUUGUCUGUCUCUGUCCUUCGGUUCUAGGCCUUUCCUCUGCACGCUCAAUGCCCAGUUCAUUUCCAGGAUUACCUAAAGAGGAAACAGAAGAAAAGGUUCUUCUUAAAGGUUUCUAAUAUUAUGUUUUGUUUUGUUUUGUUUUUCUGACGUCUGAGCCCAUUUCUGGGGGGAGAAAAGCAAAAUGGAAAACCCACGCAUUUUUGCUUCAUAGCAAGGAAAAAGAAAAGGCUAAACAAACAAACAAAAAAAACCCACCAUUGAACUUUCAGGAAAGUGUGAAGACCCAAAACAGCUUCGUCUCCAAAGAAGAUAGCUCUCUGACCGCUAUGGGUAGUCUCCUAUGCUUCCUUUUUGUCAGGUGGGAGACCUGGAAUACACAUGCAGGACUUUAGACUGUUGGGACAGCCAUUUUCCAACAAACAAGGGGCCAAAAUAUCUGCAAUAUAGUAACAGCCUUAAUAUGACAUCCAUUUUUCGUUUUAUACAGCUGUUCUCAGCUAUGUCUUCAAUGUUUCAUCACAUUUAUAUUCACAGCUACAUUCAGAUGGAAACUUUUGAUUGUUUUGAAGUGUUUCCAAGCCCCUUCCUGCCACCUCACCCCGACAUCAUUGUGAUAAUCUCCCCGACUUGUACUCGGCCAUUGCCCCAGGCCUUCCAUGGGUCUGUCAGAAAUAGUCAUUAUAAGGGGAGCUAGAAGCAGUAUGUCCUUAAAGUGGUUUAAAGUGACAGUCAUUUUCUAAGGGUAUGUGAUGCUAGUACUAUAUUGGUGUAACCCUUUGAGAACUAUCAAAUCAGCUUUCAGAGUCUUAGGAUCUGGUAAAUUAUAGAAGUGGGCAAUGGUAAAAAACAGGCAUAGGUUCAAGGAGUUCAGGUUUUUAAAACAGAUAUCCUAUAGCCCCAUGUAAUUUUAGGUGAUUUACAGUACUACAUAAAUGCAUUUAUAACAAACAGAAAUGAUGUUACUUGCCAAACAUUUUCUGGCAAAUAAAAAGGUAUUUUAUUAAA